GUCAAUUUUAAUAAAUCUCUCAUUUUCGCUUAUUAUUUUUCCCAUUUUGCUUUCCUGACAAAUUUUUAAAAUAAAUUUGAGGCAUAAAAGAAAAGCUUUUACUCCCGCAGGUUUUAUUUAAGUUAAUAAACUGGGAUUUCUUUUUUUCAUCGCACUUAAAAGAGGUGGUCGAGCAUUUAUAAGUUAGUGUUAGUUAUUGUAUAACGCUGAAUUAACCAGUAAUAUUUGACAAGCAUCUUUUCAAAGUUAUUUUGUCCCGGUCUGCUGGAAUAGGGAGCCCAGUUUAAAAGUUCUCCAGAGGCUAAGACUUAGCCCGGAUUAAAAUUAAUAUUCAGUAUCACUUUUCACUUUCAAUUCAGCUCUUAUUUCGCCACUCUUUGAAUGAGUUAAGUCAGGGAUCAGAUUCUAAUCCACCAAAUUAUCCAACCUUUUAAGCGAGUCUUUAAAGGGAUUUAAUCAAUUGUAAAACACUUUUUGGGGUUGUGUUUCAAUUCAAUUAUAUCCCAAUUCGCAUCCUGUCAAACAAAUCAUUUCGAUUGUAAAAUUACUACGAAUAACAAACUUUAACCAAUUGUCGAUUAAAACACAAUUGGUCUCGAUUGCUAUUGAAAAGUUUUCAAAAGUCUUUAACUUGGUAUAAUAAAUCUGCCAUUCAACUUAAACAUGAAAUUUCUUGCAGCUGUAAUAUUACUUUCAAUGUACACAAACGUGUAUUCGAGAUCCUUUUCAUCAAGCAAAAUCCCGCCCAAUUUUUUGGGACUCAGUGGAGUGACGAACUCGGAAAACGAACAAAUUUUCCGAGUAACUUUUGCCGACGAGCUGGGUUUCAGUUUCAGCUCAACAUCCAACAAAUUUUCCGAAGAGUCUGGACUGUUUUCCAGAGAUCCCUAUGACUGUUCUUUCGCUCGUUUUCCCCAGCUGGAGCGUCUUGGAUCCGCGACUGCGCAGAUGUUGCGACCCGACUGCAUUGCUAAUCUGCUUCCCGAAGCCGUUAGAUUCCUUCUAAAUAGCCGCAAGAUUGACAUCUCUGGUAAAUCACAUAUUCUGCAGCAUGCUAGCUUGAGCAACGCUGAGGACUUUAAAACGGUGAUUCAGGGAAUCUACAAACACGACCUUGAUUGGGACUCUACACCUGGGAAGUUCGCAAUUCUGAACGCCACCGAAACUCAUCUUGGAGACGGACAAAGUUUGCUGACAAUUGUGAACAAAUGGAACAAACCUGCACUUAUAGACUACUCGCUGCAUGCAUUGGGCAAAGGAAUGAAUUUCCACUUUUUCGAACUGUUUAGGAGAGUUUUGCCCUCGUUGUUUGAAAUUAUACUCUCAUACGCUAUUUUACCUGAAGUUGAUUGUACUAACCGACAACAUAAACCGAUCUGUUCGCUUGUCGUUGACUCGGUAAUCCGAACUUAUUCCGAAAACAUUCGAAGCUGGCCCAGAGAGUUUCGGAAACACAUCGAGAAACUGAUUCCAGUCUUACCGACCAGACUUUUAAGGAACUACGGACGCAAACAGUUCGUCUCACUCAUGAAAUUAGCCGAGCGUUAUGACGUCAGAAUGACGCAAUCUUUCGCUAUCAUCGAUGAAGCGUUUGGAGAUUGGAUGGAGUCUCCUGGAACCGACCUUUUCCUACCUUUUUUGGAAAGUUUUACGCCUUUUCUGUCGUAUGCACAGUUGUUCAAAUGGUACCGCCAGGAAUCCGCUGUUGCGUCUAGGUCAGAACGUGAAAUGUUUUCACAGAUGCAGAAGUUGUUGCCAUUUUCACCUAAUUGGGUGACCUUGAAGGCCUUUGAAUCAGUUGUAGUUGGAAGGACCAGUGUCACUGAUUCUGAGAAUCUGAUGAAAAUGCAGACUAUUUUCCCCCUUUUGAGUGUGGAGGAGAUGAAAAUAUUUUCCCAAAUGAAACUUCGCGACUUCUCUUCAAUUCAGACGUCUCAACUUUCGAGCAGUCAGAAAACUCUCCUUGGAUCAUUCUUGGCAUCCCAGUUGUCGACGAGCAACGACAAAAUUGCAAUCAAGGAGAACCAAUUAGAAGAGUUAUCGAAUCUGAUUGGCCAGUUGCCGCCCAACCAGAUCUCGUUUGAAACGUCAAUCUGCGCCAAACUGAACGUCAUAAACUCAGUGUCCAAAACCUUGUCUUCUGCUCAUAAAAUAAUGAUUGUCGAAACAUGCCCGCAUGCUAAAUUCGUGGAAUACAGUUCAGAUUUGCUACAAGCUAUGAACACAACAAGUUUGGCCGAAAGAAUUAAGGAUAUCAAACAGUUUGAUUUGCAGUUUGACUUCGUUCAGGGUUUCAUUCAAACCGGGAGCUCCCUGAACGUCAUAGACAUGGAACUUUCCCCGCAACUGUCGGCUUUGGUCUUUUCACAGUUCCGGACUUUCCUUGGAACUUCAGAAAUUACGGGACAAAUUGCGAGGUCUCUUAAAAAACUUGUCAGAGGAUUCACUACUCAAGAUGUAAGAGAAUUGAACCCGUUCUACUUUUUUGAUGUCAUUUUUGUUUAUUUGGAUCAAGUUGAAAGUCCUAAUAGAAAAAUGAUGCAAGUGAUUGCGCAAAAAGUUCAAAGUGUCUGGUAUGUUUUAAACCAGGAGAAGUUCAACCUAGGUAAACUUUCCGACCUGAAUAUCAAGAGCUUGACCGGCGAAGUUUACAGAGAGUUUGCUCUCGAGAAUUUUAAUUUCACCAAUAAAGAUAAAUGCAAAGAUGUUUUCAUGAAAAUAGGGCAAACUAACGUUAACGACUAUUCAAUGAAUUCAAAUCGGAUUUUGGCUGAGUUAUAUUUCACUCAAUGCAAGUUCUGUGAAAGUGUCGAAAAGUGUGAGUAUGAAAGUCAAGAUAUAUCAAUUCUCGGAAAUUUGAACUGUUUCUUACCCGCAAAAAUGCUGGACCGAAUCUCGAAAGAAACUUUGAAGACAACUCUGGACCAAUUACAGAGCUGCGACUUCGACCAAUCGCAGGGUAAAGCUCUACAGUCUAAGCUCGGUAAACUAGAAGAGUUGAAUUUCGAUCAAAUUGCUUCAAUCAGAAAUUCUCUGUGCAAUAUUUUUGAGACUUCAGAAAUUGAACAAUACCUGAAAAAUUCUUUGCUUAGAUAUGACAGGUUGCAACUUUGGCAUUUGCUUGCGCUUCAAUUAGAAAGCGGAAAAACAUUCGGAGAUGAAUCAAACUCUAGUGAAUGCGUGAGCAAUAUUCGAACCCUUGUUUUCAUCAAGCUCAAAAACGAAGAUCUGUUCAAAUCAAAUUGUAGGGGAACUAAAUCAGAUUAUGAUUUCAUAAAUUUAAUUCCUUCAGACAUUUUGUCACAAACAGAUAUCCGGACUAUGUCUGAAUGUCAAUUUCACCGGGUGAUUGAGCAUUUGAGCAAACGAAACCCUAAUAAAUUAACUCAAGCUACAAAACAAACUAUUUUUGACAGAGUUUCUUGGACUGGAUUGGAAACUCUUCGCCCUGAAGAACUCAUCCGUCUUCGUGACCUGUUACCCGAUUUUGUGCCGGCUAAAAAUAUCUCUAUGCUUAAUUUCUCAAACGCAAAUGUUGUCAAAACACUCUCGCAGUCAAAUUGGACUACAGAACAGUUGUCAGCGGGAUUCGAACACUACCUGAAAACAAAUGACCUCACCGUUUUCAAAUUGACUCCUUUUCACCUGAACAUUUUGGGCAGAUUUCUUUGCGGAUUCCCGUCGAACUUGUUGUUUCAUUUAAACAUCCAACUGGAGAUAUUCAAAACCGACACCGUUUUCGAUCAUCUGGACUGUCCCGAUAAUGCACUUGUCACAGAUGUUGUCUCUAUAUACCACCCAACUUUAGACGAAAUGAAACUGACCAUUAGGCCGAACAUGCUUCUUGGCCUAAAACAUCUUAAUCACAUCACGGCAGCUCAAUUCGCUCUCAUUCCAGACAAAACUUUCGAAAAAUUGGACUUGGAAGUUUUGGAUAAUUUUGACGGAAUUGGAAAACUGACUCCAAAGCAAGCUCAGCAUUACCAGAAAGUCAUUGCGUGGAGUGGAAACGUGAUAGAAUUUUCAUAUAUCCUGGACCCAUUUCUAGCUGGUACUGAGUUCUACUCCCAAGAAGCUGCAGAUUUCGAUACGCCAAUGCUUCUUAAGUACGAUUCGACCAAAUUAGAUACUGAAAAUGCAAAAAAUACUGUUACAAGCAACUCUUUAGACCGCGAAGACCAAAAUAAUGAUUUUUCUGAGGGUGAAUAUUACUCGCGGGUUAUUUACAUCAGCAUAAACUCAGCUAGAGGGUCAACUCUAGAUGUCAAAACAUUGUUUCACGGUUUUAUUCUAUUAUUUGUUUUCGUGUGCUUCAACCUAAAUUAGGUUGAAAGAUAUUAAAC